AUGGGGCGUGGGCGGCAGUGGGCGGCACAGGGAGAGGGCACUGCGGGUAACGCUCACGCAGCAGCUUGUACUAGAAACGGGGAGCACUGGGCGAGCGGGGAGUGUGGCUUAAGCAGCGAUGGGGCACAAUCUGACUUGCAGUUUACCAAGAUUCCUGUAGCUAAUAAUAAACGACAGUGUCCUCUGGCCAUCAUUCCCAACGCAACUCUCUAA